AAUUCCAAUGAAAUUAGUUUCUGGCUCUGAAAAGGUCGCCAUAGAAGAAGUCUUCGUUUUAGAGAGAGAAUCAAAGAGUUUCUUUCUGGUUUAAGAAGAGAGAGAGAGAGGGGCUACCAUGAUAACGCGAUCGAAUCUGGCCGAACAGCUGCGAGAGUAUCAGAUUCGAUCCAAGCAUGACUGGGCCUCCGUCUCGUUCUUCUCCUCAACUUCUUCAAAUAUCACCACUUCCAGGGUGGAUGUCGUGGUUUUUGUAAUAUGGGAACUUGUUAUUUUAGCUUUCUUGGUUUUUUCUGUAGUCUCUUUGUACUUCAAGCACAUCCAGCUUGCUUUUAUUUUAGUCUGCAUCACGGUUCUAUUACUUCUAUGCAUGAAAAUCACAAAGCAAGUAAGACUGGCAAGGAAAAAGAAACGAAGGAUGCUUCUUCCAUUGUCAAUGUAAAACGGUAUCAAGUGUUGAUCUUUGGCAUAUCCUUUUUAAUUUCUUCCCGUUUACUGGCGUAGGGUCGUGGCCAAUCUUGACCAUUUCCAUAGGUCCAGCUUCUCAUUCAUCACUGGAUUGUGUAACUUCUGAUUCCGCCUAUAGCAAGUCACCUAAAGUAUAUAAUUGAUAUUUCUACAUCAACACAAGCUUAUCCAAUUGGUUGAUGUAGAUCGUUAUCGGAGGUGGUAUGGCUUAGUAGUGCUAAGGUCUUCGUCACAACUCAACCUAUAUAUUUGGCAUUUCUUUUGCUAUUUGUUUUUGUAUAUGUAGUGCAACUGGUGCAAGGUACUGUUGAGGCUUUUGACCCCUUGAUAGUGUAACGUGCUUACAUUGAAAGUUCAAAUACUGUCAGAUGAGUUAUUGUAUAAUGACGACACAUGUACGAGAUAGUUUUGGCACUGUAAUAUUGUGCACAAGGUGCUUAAAUGGUAGAUGCAAAGUGUUGCAGCUUUGCUCUUUCUUGGAGAUAUUUCUGUGGUGUUGCCCUUUUAUGAAAAAUGUAACCCUUGUUAACUUCACUUUGGAUGAUGAUGUGAAAACAUUUACCUAUAUGUCGAUUCUUAAUUUUUCAGUGGAAUAUGUAUUGGGCCGUUCCACAUUUAACUUAAAAAGUUCCAUUAAAUAGCGUUUCCACGUGGUAGAACUUUCUCAAGGAAUAUAAGAUUUUUACGAGG